GAAUUAAUUUUUUAAUCAAUUUAUGAGUUACAUUUGCUAUUUAGCAUAUUUCAUAGAACUACUUUCAAGAAUAAUAAAUUUUUUCUUUUCUUUUAAUUAUUUUAAAAAUUAUAUUUGAAAUUUCUCAAUUUAGAAAGAUGGAAAUACAAGAUUCGCGCUGGAAAAAUAAGAUUAACGUUUUGGUUUCCCUGACAACGAAAGUAGAGUGGGGAAAACUCGUUUUAUUCGCGAAUAAAAUUUAGGCAACACUUAUCAAAAAAAGUGAUAAUAUUCAUAUUUACGUGUCACAUUUUUAUCAUAGUUAUAGUUUGUACAAAUGAUCAAAUAGUUAAUAUCUUAACAUUAUUUACAUCUUGUAGUUUGUAUGUAAUGUUAUAAAGAAUUAUAAACAUAUGCUUUCGUUUAAAAUACAAUAAUAUUACAUAUUCUAAUAGAAAAUAUGUAUAAAAAUAUUGUUAAAAAAUUUAAUUUAAAAAUAAAAAAUUUUUAUUCUAAAGUAAAUAUUUUUAAAAUAAUGGAACUUAAAUGUAAAGUACAAACAUAUGAUUGGGGAAAAUAUGGUAUUGAUAGUACUGUAGCAACAUUAAUGAAAUCUGCUGAUUCAGAUUUUAUAUUGGAUGAAAAAAAACCAUAUGCAGAGCUAUGGAUGGGUACACAUCCUAAUGGUCCUUCAUAUAUAAAAGAUUUAAAUAUAUCAUUAGAAAAAUAUAUAAAACAAAACAGUCAUGUAUUAGGAAAUGAUGUUCAAAAAAUAUUUGGUCAUCAGUUACCAUUUCUUUUUAAAGUCUUAUCUGUGAACAAAGCAUUAUCAAUUCAAACACAUCCAAAUAAGGAAAAAGCAAAGGAAUUGCAUCAGCAAUAUCCUACUAUUUACAAAGAUGCAAAUCAUAAACCUGAAAUUGCAAUAGCAUUAACACCUUUUGAAGCUCUUUGUGGUUUCCGUCCAAUUAGAGAGAUACAAGAGUUUCUAAAAAUUCUUCCAGAAUUAUGUGCUGUAAUAGGAGUAGAUAAAGUACUUAAAUUUAUGACAACAGAUGAAACAGACAAUACUAAAGCUUUGAAAACAUGUUUUCAUAGUCUAAUGACUUGUGAUUCUGGAUUAAUAGCAUUACAACUCAGAAAACUACUUGACAGAUUAUCUAAUUUGGAUGAAUCAUUAAGGCAAACUUUACAUGCUAGUUUAUUAGAAAGAUUAUAUUCAGAUUUCCCAGGAGAUGUAGGAUGUUUUGGUAUUUAUUUUUUUAAUUUCAUAAUAAUGCAGCCUGGAGAGGCUAUAUAUCUUGGACCAAAUGUACCACAUGCAUAUCUUUCUGGUGAUUGUAUAGAAUGCAUGGCAUGCUCUGAUAAUGUAGUACGUGCAGGAUUGACUUCUAAAUUAAAAGAUGUACCAACAUUAAUUGAAAUGUUAAGUUACAUUUGUGAACCAAUUUCUACAAAAAGAUUUCAACCUUCUCGUGAAGAUGAAUGUACAGAAGUAUUUCGUCCUCCUGUAAAAGAUUUUGCUGUUGCUAAAAUUACAAUUCCUCCUGGAAGAGCUUCAUAUAAUAUCAUUCCCAGAAAUACAGCUAGCAUUUUAAUUAUCAUAAAUGGAAAAGGUGAAAUCUUUGGAAAAGGUGAACCAUCAAAAAUUCUUUAUCGAGGUUCCGUUAUAUUUAUUCCAGCAAAUGAUAAAAUUGGAAUUAAAGUUUUAUGUGGAUGUCAUCCUAUGUUGAUGUUUCAAGCUUUUGUAAAUGUUUAAAAAAACUGAAUACUUAAAAAAAAAAGUGAUGAGACGAUUUGCACGCACAAAGUAUUAUUGCACUUUUGAAAUGCUUAGAAUUUUAAUCUAAAAUUGUUGAUCUUAAAAUUUUAUCAAUAGUUAUGAAUAAUUGAGAGUUUAUUAUAUAUUAUAUUAUCAAUAUCAUUCUUUUUAAUAGAUAUAUGAUUUUCAUAGUAAAAUAUUUCACAAUUAAUAGAAUUAUAUUAAUAUCAUAUCAAUAAUAGUUAAUAGAAUUGAUAUCUGAGUAUAAAGUUUUCAUUAAGUCACAAAUGCAUAAAUAAGAAACAUUCCUUUUAAUUUUAUAUUGAAAGCAUUUAUCUUUUACAAUUCCUGCCAUAUUAUGUAUUAUAACAUUUUAACAUAUAAAUAUUUCUUUUAAUUAAUUAUUUUUAUGAAUUAUGAAAAUUAUUUCAUCUUCUUUGAAUAAAAAAGAAAUAUACUUAUGCAAUUAUAUACUUAAAUAUUUCUUAUUUUGAAAUAUAUAUUUUUAUAUUUAUGUCAUUUACAAUAAUAUUUAUUCCAAAAACAGAAAAUAUAUAAUCAUAUAUAAUCAACUCUAGUCAGUUAUGUUAACUAAUUUUCUUAUGUUUAUUAUAAAUAUACAGAAGAAAGAUUAUAUACAUAUACAGACACAUUUUAUGAAAUAUAGAUUCCUCGAUUUAUUGUACAAUUUAAAAUAUGCAUAUAUAUAUUUAUAAAAAAAUAUAUUUGUUUGUAUUUAUUAUAAAUUAAAUGUCAACAUUGAACCAUAUUAUUUUUUCAAUAUUUUAAUAUAUGUAUACAAUAUGUUAUUUUUUAUGUACAAUUUUAGAAAUAUUUAUAAAUCUUGUAACUAUAUAUUUAAGUAAUACAAUGCUUUUUUUUUAUAUAAAAUAUAAAUAUAUGCUUUACAAAUUUACAAUUUUCUCUUAUAAUUAUAUUAUAAUAAAAAAAAGUAUUGUAAUAUUUAUAAUUGAGAAGAUUGUAUAUAUUCAAUCAUUUACAUUAAAAAAAAUAAAGAAACAUUUUAUUUAAUCUUAAAAA